AUGGGUCAUUCUGGUCUAGAUGAUCUGUGGGACAUAUCCUUUGAAGGACUCAUAGAGCCAAGAUAUCGGAGGAUACAGAAAAGAAAAAACAUAAAGGAGAGGUAUGGGAUAGAAGAGAAGAAGAAGUGCUUUGGGUUUUCAUUGGGGGCUGCAUAUAGUGGGCCACUAAAGAUGGAGUCGCGAAUAGACAGAAUGAGCAAGAGACCACUCCCUGCUAGUCCGUUUAGAAUUCUGGAUGCACCUUCUAUUCUGAAUGACUACUAUGUAAAUCUACUAGAUUGGAGCAAAGACAAUCUGAUCUCUCUUGGGCUGAGUGAGCAGCUGUACUUGUGGAAUGCAUCAAACAAGUCAGUCUCUCAUGUGGUUGAUGCGCCAGACAACCACCACAUUUCCUCUGUCUCUUUCUCCAAGGACGGCCUGCUUGCAUAUGGAAUGUCGGAUGGGAAUCUGUCGGUCAUUGAUGUAGUGUGCAGCAAAAAGGUGUGUGACCUGCCAGGCAGAAGUGUAAGAGUUUCAUCAAUUUCAUGGGGAAACAAUGUUGUGAGUGCAGGUGGAAAGGAUGGAAAUAUAUUUAAUUAUGAUGUGCGAAGUGGUGAGCACGUGUCCAGCUUUCUGCACCACACGCAGGAAGUGUGCGGGCUGAAGUGGGAUGCGGAUGGGUCUUAUUUGGCAAGCGGUGCAAAUGACAAUAAUGUCUGCGUCUGGAGAAAUGGAUAUGACAGGCCCAGAGUGAAGCUGACAGAUCACACGGCAGCUGUUCGGGCUGUCAAUUGGUGCCCAUGGAAGAAAGGAAUUCUUUCAACUGGAGGAGGAACAAAUGACAGAACAAUUCGGACUUGGGAUGUAGACAAGGGAGUAUGUCUUAGCAGUAUAGACACUGGCUCGCAGGUGUGUAGCAUUGUCUUUAGUGAAAGAUACAAAGAGAUUAUUACGACACACGGGUACUCUGAUAAUAACGUGGCAGUAUGGAAGUAUUGCAGCAUGAGGAAAAUAGGCGAUAUGAAAGGGCACACAGGAAGAGUUCUAUUUAGUGCUCUGUCACCAAAUGGAGAGAUACUUGCUACGUGCGGGGCUGAUGAGAAUCUUAACUUCUGGAACCUUUUCGAUAGCAAGUGCGCAAAAAGUGAGUCUAAUUUAGAUAUAAUUGCAUUUAGGUAG